GGUUACCGUGAGUGUUGGCCGUGAGGCAUCCGAUGCCAUCGGUGCAGACAUGGCCAAGUCCAAGAACCACACCACACACAACCAGUCCCGCAAAUGGCACAGAAAUGGCAUCAAGAAACCCCUGUCACAAAGAUACGAAUCUCUUAAGGGGGUUGACCCCAAGCUCCUGAGGAACAUGUGCUUUGCCAAGAAGCACAAGAAAGGCCUGAAAAAGAAAGGCCUAAAGAAGAUGCAGGCAAACAACGCAAAGGCAAUGAGUGCCCGUGCAGAGGCCAUUAAAGCCCUUGUGAAGCCUAAGGCCAUUAAGCCCAAGAUGUCAAAGGGCCCCAGCUGCAAACUCAGCCGGCUCGCUUUCAUUGCUCAUCCCAAGCUUGGGAAGAAGAUUCGAAGCUACAUGAGCAAGGGUCGUAGGCUGUACCAACAGCCCAAGGUGCAAACCAAGGCAAAAGACGCAGCUAAGGCCCAGGCUGCAGCCCCAGCUCGGGCUUCCAAAGCUGCCCAGGCCCCUGUGAAGGCCCCAUAGAAAAGGCUUCUGCCUAUGUGAAGACAGAUGGGCUGGUGUGACACACCCACCUACACACUAUUUACAGAUGACCAGUGUCCUAUGCUGUUUUUACAAAUAAACCUGAGGCAAGCU